CUGCUUCCCUCCUCACCUAGGACUUUGUUGGCCCCUUAUGCCAGCCCAUUCCAGCCGUAGAACCGUGGCGCAGUCUGCAAAGACAGCCCUGCUGCCUGUGGCUGUCGUUCUCUGCCAUCUGUCCCGACAUGAUGAGCUGCACAGACCAGCUCAGCUAGUUCCUGUCAGGCUGGUCACACGUUUCUAUACGCUCCUCAGAAUGUUCCUAGACACUUUCCUGAAAGGUCGCUUGUCACACUAAAACGCUUCCUCCUUCCUCUACCAAGCCCUGGCACUUGUGUGUCUAAUUCUUCAGGUGCCACACAUACAGAUUCUGAGUCAUGGCUAAUGUUAAUAAUAGUAUUUUGAUUUUUCUUGCAAAUGAAAUAACAGCAAUUGACAAUUAUAAAGUCCGUUCUUUUUAAGAUGUAAUUAUUUUAUGUACAUGAGUGCUCAGUCUUCAAGCCCCAGAAGGAGGCAUCAGAUCCCAUUACAGAUGGCUGUAAGCCACCAUGUGGUUGCUGGGAAUUGAACUCAGAACCUCUGGAAGAGCAGUCAGUACGCUUAGCCACUGAGCCAUCUCUCCAGUUCUAUAAAAUGCUCUCUGUGUCAUUGUGUUGCAAGGAGAUUUGAAUGAACAUUUAAAGAUUUCGAUGACCUGGUUUAAACCGGCAUGCAGACGUUUACGGCAGCACAAGCCUUCUGGUCGUAGCAAGCUCUUUCGUCAGGGCCUCUCAGAUACUCAGCUGUCUCUAUUAAUCUCACCCAUCUUCCAAACUGGCAUUCACCCAAUCACUGCCAUUCCAACCAAACAUGAGUCUCUUGCCUCAUCCCAUGGUGCUGCUCUCCUGGGUGGUCAGGAAGACCUGUGUGGAGAGGAGACACAAUAGACACAGUGGAGUUAUGGGCGAGCAGUGGGAAAUAACAGAGGUGUAGACAAGAUUCCAGGAAAGAAGGACUUGGUGCUAGCAGGAUGUAAAAUUGAAGAUUAUGUUUAGGGUAAGUGUCUUAGUCAGGGUUUCUAUUCCUGCACAAACACCAUGACCAAGAAGCAAGUUGGGGAGGAAAGGGUUUAUUCAGCUUACACUUCCACAUCGCUAUUCAUCACCAAAGGAAGUCAGGACAGGAACUCACACAGGUCAGGAAGCAGGAGCUGAUGCAGAGGCCAUGGAGGGAUGUUUCUUACUGCCUUGCUUCUCCUGGCUUGCUCAGCUUGCUCUCUUAUAGAACCCAGGACCACCAGCCCAGGGAUGAUACCAACCACCAUGGGCUGGGCCUUCCCUCCUUGAUCACUAGUUGAGAAAAUGCCUUACAGCUGGGUCUCAUGGAGGCAUUUCCUCAAGGGAGGCUCAUUUCUCUGUGAUAACUCCAGCUUGUGUCAACUUGACACAGAACCAGCCAGGACAGUAAGUUACAGUGGUUUUUUAAAUCUACACAGCCAGAAAUCCCAAGUGCUGUUACCUUAGGAUAAUAAACGGUGCCAGGUGAGGCUUAGCUCGGUCUACAUCCUCAGAGUUAAUGAGCCGCAGUGCCCCUGAGAGACACUGAGCUCGCUUCUGUGCUCUUGGGUUGGAGGGUUUCUGAUGUUUGUCCUGUCUGGCGAGGCUGGCCAUUUCCUGGAGUGCUUCCUCUGUUGACUGUUCUGGGACAUUCCUAAAAUGCUGGUGGGCCCUAAAUCAGUGUCCUCAGCCUGGUCUUCUUUCCCAAGUUAUCAGAUCUGUAUUUCUUUUCAAUUGACAUAGCAGGUUUUGGGCCUCACAAAUUUUGUGGGUGCACAUGUAUAUGCGUGCACAGCAAGUUGGAGGCCAGAGGUGAACCUCGGUAUAAUUCCUUAGGAGUCAUCCAGCCUGACCUUGAGACAGGGUCUUUUACUGGGAACUGGGGCAUGCAGAUUAGGCUGAGUGUCUGGGCAGCAAACCCCAGGGAUUCGCCUGACUCUUCCUCCCCCAGUGUUGGGAUGGACAGUUGCGCACUGAUAUUCUCAGCCUGUGUGUGCCCUGGGAAGCAGGUUUGGGUCCUCAGUGUUUGUGUUGCGGCCACUCUGUAGACUGAGCUAUCCCCCAGUGCCUGGGCCAGACAAGUUUGAUUUUAAGGCCUGAAUUAGCAGUAGCAAUGCGAUCUGGCAAUAAACGAUCUGAGUUCUAGUUUUCUAUCUCAGUGUUGUUAGGAGGAUUACGUGAGAUAAUUUGUAUACAUAUAAGCUCAGUAACAGACUAUUGCCAUCAGUAUUGCUGUGGUUUCCCCAUCUCAGUAUGUCAUUGUGUGAAUCGUCAGUCACCACAUUUUGGUAAACAGUUUCUUUUACUCUUGGGGUUUAAGGACAGUGUUUUUGUGAGUCUUAUGCACUGAUCUUUUGUCCUGGCCAUUGGACACACUGAGCAGCAUAGAGCAGUGAGUGAGUGGUGGAUGGAUUCCCAAGGUAAAGCUCCUAGGAAGUGGAAGCACAUUGCUGGGGUUCAGUCAGAGAAAGGAGUGUGACGUCAGAGUCCAAGCCUUGGAGACCCCGAGGAGAAAGUGGAGAAGCAGAGACAAAAGAGCCUGGAGAACCACAGACGCUAACCAGGAGAGAGCUGCUGGAUGGAGAGGCAGUUAAUGGUGUCUCAGGAUGCCAGCCAGUCAGGGCAGAGAGAAUCGAGAGGAUAUAGACUGCGUUGAGCCUGCGAAUUGUCCAGGGAGCGAAGCCAUUGUGUUUGGAAGGGUAAUACUUAGAGUGUGCUAGCGAUUCGCUGUGAGCUGAGGUCAGGCAGUAGAGCAAUGGUGUAGCUUUAGAGGACGCACUGCAGAGGCUUAGGAAGCAGUUACAGCGCCAGGCGAAGGUCAGCCCGGCUAGAGUAGGAGGGAAAGGCGACAUUUGGUAUCCUCCUAUCUAAGGCCCUCUCCGUCCCCAUGAUUAGAUGAUAGGGCUCUAGAACUGUGUUUGCUGAAGAUGCGGAUGGGUCCUGGAUGUAGGUGUGAGCUAUAUUUGGCAUUUCAUACAGUUAUGGUUCCUUAGAAUUGAUUACCCAGGGGGUCCAUGUGUAAGCUGUGGACUUUAGUAAUCUGUGAGGUUCCUUAUGAAUUGGAAUGGUUGAGGCACUCAGUUCUGGAGUGACGUAUUUACUGUCACCAUUGCUCCUCAGCUCUUCGUUUAGGAGAAAUUCAGGAGGGAUUAAGGAACAGAUUGACAAUCAUCAGAUCACUGACGGGGAUGGCUGACUAGGAGGGCCUUUCUGACUCUCAGAGUAUUUAAAUAGUAAAAUUAAUAAAAAUGCCGAGGAAGCCCAGUCCAGCCCUAGCAGUUCCUUAGGAGACCAUUUUCUAAGAGAUGUCAUGGAACAUUCGGAGGAUGUUUUAGCGUGUGUCCCUGACUGGGAAACAAGGCCUAUCUCAUGGUGCUAGACUGAUGGUUCUGAAGCUGGCUUCGCUUGUUUUGGAUCACUGGCAGAGUCUGUGGUUGUUUUGUUCUUCCCUGGACGCGUGCGUGCGUGCGUGCGUGCGUGUGAUUGCACUUGAGUGUUGGUGUGUUGGGACUUACCAGGAAUCGCAGAGGCCUGCAUUGACACGAGGGCUUCUUCUUUGAGGUCACUAACAUUGGUUUCUAGAAGAUUCACCCCUCAGCUGCCUAUCCCGAAGCUUUACUUAAAUUGCAGAUUUUUAAGGGGGCGGGUAACCCAGAAGAUGAUUUUUUGCUCAGUGAUUCUGGUUGGUCUCUUUAGAAGAUAGAUUACAUGAAUUUUAUGCAUAUACAAUAAGCAUUUAUCUAUACAGUUAGGGAAAGGAAAUUAACUUUUUAAUGAAAUUACUUUUUUCCUUAGGAUAUUUGAACCGCCUCUGUUCCAUUCCCCUAACAUUUAGUUUUUAAUCUUAGCGCUGGAGCUGUUCUGUCUUGAAAGUCCGUGCUUUUUCUAAUAAUGUCAGGUUGUGCUUUGUUCUGUUUCUCUCAUGCUUUAGACUUUGGGGAAGAGAGCAGUGAUUUCCUGUUUCUGCAUGUUUACAGCAGGCAUUUUCAUAGAUUCUAGCCUCUGGACUUCUUAGUGAGUAAAAGUCAAUAUAAACGUGUGUGUGUAUGUGUGUGUGUGUGUGUGUAUGUGUGUGUGUGCGUAUGUGUAUGUAUGUGUAUGUGUAUCUGUAUAUGUGUGUGUAUGUGUGUGUGUGUGCUUGUGUGUGUAUGUGUGUGUAUGUGUGUGUGUAUGUGUGUGUAUGUGUGUGUAUGUGUGUGUGUAUGUGUGUGUAUGUGUAUGUGUGUAUGUGUAUCUGUAUAUGUGUGUGUAUGUGUAUGUGUGUGUGUGCUUGUGUGUGUAUGUGUGUGUAUGUGUGUGUAUGUGUGUGUGUAUGUGUGUGUAUGUGUGUGUGCGUAUGUGUGUGUGUAUGUGUGUAUGUGUGUGUGCAUAUGUGUAUGUAUGUGUAUGUGUGUAUGUGUAUCUGUAUAUGUGUGUGUAUGUGUAUGUGUGUAUGUGUGUGUGCGCGUAUGUAUAAGUGUGUGUAUGUAUGUGUGUGUAUAUGUACGUGUGUAUGUAUAUGUGUGUAUGUAUGUGUGUAUGUGUGUGCUUGUGUGUAUGUGUGUGUACGUGUGUAUGUGUGUGCGCGUAUGUAUAAGUGUGUGUGUAUGUGUAUGUGUGUAUGUGUGUGUGUAUGUGUGUGUGUGUAUGUGUGUGUAUGUGUGUGUAUAUGUGUGUGUGUAUAUGUGUGCGUAUGUGUAUAUGUGUGUAUGUAUAUGUGUGUAUGGUGUGUUUGUUUGUUUGUGUAUAUGUGUGUGUAUGUGUGUGUAUGUGUGUGUGCGCGUAUGUAUAAGUGUGUGUAUGUAUGUGUGUGUAUAUGUACGUGUGUAUGUAUAUGUGUGUAUGUAUGUGUGUAUGUGUGUGCUUGUGUGUAUGUGUGUGUACGUGUGUAUGUGUGUGCGCGUAUGUAUAAGUGUGUGUGUAUGUGUAUGUGUGUAUGUGUGUGUGUAUGUGUGUAUGUAUGUGUGUGUAUAUGUGUGUAUGUAUAUGUGUGUGCGUAUGUGUGUAUGUGUGUAUGUAUGUGUGUAUGUGUGUAUGUAUGUGUGUGUAUGUAUAUGUGUGUGAUUGUGUAUGUAUGUAUAUGUGUGUGAUUGUGUGUGUAUGUGUGUGUAUGUGUGUGUAUGUGUGUGUUUGUGUGUGUAUGUGUGUGCUUGUGUGUGUAUGUGUGUGUAUGUGUGGGUUUGUGUGUGUAUGUGUGCGCGCGCGCGUGUGUGUGUGUGUGUGUGUGUGUGUGUGUGUGUGUGUGUUCUGGUCACUGGGUCUCUGCAGCUGUGAUAUAGUUGUUGGUUACUUGUGUAGGUGUUCCUUGAUUGAGUUCUGUAAAGACAUAGUUGCCUAUGACACUUUUUUGCCCAUGGUCUUCUAGCACCUGUCACAGUACCUGAGUCAAGACUUAAAAAAUACUGGUGACUAAAUGAAUCCUUUUCUUGUUUCUAGACGAGAAUUUUAAGUCUUUCUCACCUAUCACAUCAACUCACUUAUAACAAUGACCCUUUUAACGCUCUGUGACUCCCCUUAUUUCUGUGCCAUCUCUGGUGUGUGUUCAUUUGUGAAGGUGUUUAGUGUGUAUGGGGUUCUCCUGUCCUGUUUUGUGUACUAGCAUUGAUACGUGGAGAUUAGACCUGCAAAGAGUGGGCUAACAGGAAGGUUAAAGCAAGACUAAAGCUUUGGGAAAGUCAUUCGUAAUGACACA